AUGGAGAGAACUUCGAGUGUGGUUGUUCAAGAAGGAGGCGCAGGGGAUUCUUUAUUCGAUGAUGAUGGGCGCAUCAAAAGAACUGGGACAGUGAUAACGGCAAGCGCGCACAUAAUAACGGCAAUAAUAGGGUCCGGUGUGCUGUCUCUGGCGUGGGCGGUGGCGCAGCUGGGAAGCCUCCCCGGAUCGGUUGCUCUGCUCGUCUUCUCCGUCAUCACGUUGUACACUUCCAUUCUACUCACGGAUUGUUACCGCUCGCCGGAAGGCACGCGCAACUAUUCUUACAUGGACGCCGUUAGAACUCAUCUCGGUGGCAUACAAUACAUGUUUUGCGCACUUGCCCAAUAUACUACUCUAAUUGGACUUGGCAUUGGAUACGUAAUCACAACAGCUCUUAGCUUAGGGGCGAUUGAAAGAACCAACUGUUACCACAAGUACGGGCAUGAUUGGCCGAACUGCUCUCCAUCAACCCGGAACUACAUAAUUGAGUUUGGAGCAGUGCAGAUGAUCCUUAGUCAAGUAUCAAAUUUUCACAAGCUUUCUUUCAUUUCAAUGGUUGCUGCCAUCAUGUCAUUUACUUACUCCAUCAUCGGCAUUGCUCUCUCUGCUGUAAGAAUCGCGGGUGGAACGCCGGUAACAACAAGUGUGACAGGUGUGCCCAUUGACAACAACACCUCGGCUGUGGAUAAGAUGUGGAAAACAUUCUCUGCUCUUGGAAACAUUGCCAUCGCCUUUGCUUUCUCCAUUGUUGUCAUUGAAAUACAGGAUACACUAAAAGCUUCCCCGAGAGAGAACAGAGUGAUGAAACAGGCGACCUUCGUUGGGAUCAUGGUGUCAUCAUUCUUCUACACACUGUGUGGGAUCGUGGGCUAUGCUGCAUUCGGAGUUGAUGCUCCGGGGAACCUUUUAACUGAUGAUCAUGGCUUCUUUGAACCAUACUGGCUUGUUGACUUUGCUAAUGCAUGCAAAGCUGUCCACCUCAUUGGAGCCUACCAGGUAUUUACUCAACCAGUAUUUGCAUUUGUAGAGAGGUGGAGCCGGAGAAGGUGGCCGGAGAGCAGAUUCAUAACGGCGGAAUACAACAUUCUUGGAUUCUGGGAGUUCAGCUUCUUCAGGCUACUAUGGAGAACAGGAUACGUGAUAUUCACAGUGAUUGUGGGAUUGAUAUUCCCCUUCUUCAACGCCUUCGUGGGUCUUCUGGGAGCCAUUUCAUUCUGGCCUCUAACCAUAUAUUUCCCAACACAAAUGUACAUGACACAAGCAAAAAUUCGGAGAUUCUCCUUCGCAUGGUUUUGUUUGCAGACACUCAGCCUUUUCUGCUUCAUUGUCUCCCUUCUCGCCGCCGCUGGAUCUGUUCGAAACUUGAUCAAAUAUGUCAUUCAUUACCAGCCAUUUGAUCCAUAG